AUGUCGGCCGCUGAAGCCGCGGUGCCCCAGGAGAAGUCGGAUCCCGUCUACCACCCGUACGGUAACAGCGCGGAUGGUAGUGGGCUGGGCUAUAGCGCAUCGUACGACGGCGAUGGCCAGUCGCUGUACGAGCGCUACACGGGACUCAAGGGCGUUUACUACAACCCGUAUACCCAGGUCGUCUUGCUCGGCUUCGUCUGCUUCAUGAGUCCCGGUCUCUUCAACGCGCUUCAGGGUCUCGGUGGAGGUGGACAACUGGACACGGAGACGAGCGCGAACGCCAAUUCUACCCUAUACGCUACUUUCGCUGUCGCCGCCUUCUUUGCAGGGUCCAUCAACAACGUCCUAGGGCCGAGGCUGACGCUCCUGCUCGGGAGUUCCGGUUACGCAUUGUUCAUUAGUUCAUACCUUGUCGUAAACAUCCACCCCAAUGCCAGUGGGUAUGUCAUCGGCAUGGGUGCGGUCCUAGGCAUCUGCGCCGGUAUGCUGUGGACGGCCCAGGGCUCGUUGAUGCUCGCCUAUCCCACCGAGUCUCAAAAGGGGCGCUUUAUCGGGAUCUUCUGGUCCAUCUUUAAUCUGGGCGGAGUCGUCGGAGCGUCGGUAUCCCUCGGUCAGAACUUUCACAACACGACGAACAGGGUCGGCAAUGGCACCUAUAUCGGCUUUCUGGUACUCACGGGCAUCGGCUUUCUCCUCCCGCUCUGCAUGGCGAAUCCUAACAAUAUGAUUCGUACCGACGGAACGCGGGUCACGACGCCACACCAGCCCUCCUGGAGGACAGAGAUCUAUGGCCUCUAUGUCGCGUUGCGGACAGACCCGCUCAUCAUUCUUCUUUUCCCUAUGUUCUUUGCCUCAAACUGGUUUUACACGUAUCAGUUCAACGACUAUAAUGCGGCCCUCUUUAACAUACGCGCGCGCUCAUUGAAUAACCUGGUCUACUGGCUCUCUCAAAUCCUGGGCUCGCUCUCCAUCGGACUGCUUCUGGACCAACAACAAUUUUCGCGCCGCCUUCGCGCCUUCUCCGCAUGGUGCAUCCUCCUCGUCCUCGUCUUUGCCGUCCACACGUGGACGUACUUCUAUCAAAGGAACUACACCCGCGAGUCCAUCCCACCCGACGCGGAGAAGAUCGACAUUUACGACAGCGGAUACGUCGCUAAGAUGUGGCUCUACAUCUUCUGCGGUAUCCUCGACUCAAUGUGGCAGACGACUGCGUAUUGGAUGAUGGGCGCCAUGUCGAACGACCCGAACAAGCUCGCAUACUUUGCCGGAUUCUACAAAUCUAUCCAAUCCGCGGGUGCCGCCGGUAUCUGGCGGGGAGACGCUGUCAAGCUGCCGUACAUGUCGAUAUUCAUAUCGACGUGGAGCUUGCUUGCCGCCGGUCUCGUGUUCGCGCUGCCCAUGAUCCAUCUGAGGGUCAAGGAUCACACCGAAGAUGAAAUUGAGUACGCCGGAGAGAUGGAAGAGAGAGGACCCGUACGACACCCACCAGACCCUGAGACUGCUUCUUCCUGA